UCGAACGCCAUCUUUGUUUCUUAUUGUUUUGUGUGUACAUCUAUAUCAAAGGAAAUUCUUGCAUUUAUUCGGUACUGAGGUGUAGCGAUGCCUACUGUAGUGCUACUUGACGUUUCUCUCUCCAUGUUAAGACGCUUACAAGUCGUGGACGAGCAAGAAGGCUCGUUGCAGCGUCGUCAUCUUGCUAUUCGAGGGCUUUACGCCUUCUUUGACCACCUCUCGAGCAAGUUCAAACUGGAAUUCACAGCUCUUGUUGCAUUCUCAUCUCUAUGGGAGAUUGCAGUGCCAUUCACUCGCGAUUAUGAGUUACUAAAGCAAGGCUGCAUGUCUGUGGAUGUCUAUGAUAAAACUUGUUUUGAGAAUGCUUUGACUGGAGUUGCGGCCCAUGUAGUGGAAGAAUGGGGGACUUCUGUGCCUGUGCAGAUUAUCCUAGUCACGGAUGGUUCCCUUGGGUCCGGAGUCGGCUCACUAAAAGAGCUGUUAGACCAUCGGUCGGAGAACGCAAACCGCCCAUUGCCCUUUCCUUUCCCAAGUAAACUUCAUGUGGUUUGCGUAGCUAACCCAGCAGAAAUGACAGGAAAUUUCUUAUUAUUCCAACAGUUGUGUGAUAUGAAUGGUCUAGGUGGCAGUGUUUAUGUACCCGAAGCUCCUAUCUCAGUACACUCAGUGCAAAACUGUUUCCUCCGUCUAGCACAGACACAUUAUAUAAGCUAUGAAGGAGUUUUAAACUGUGGGCAUUUGAGUUCUAAGAUAACUCUCUCACCCCCACCAGACUUUUCAGUAUCCUGGAAUACAGUGUUGCAGAGUUAUCGAAAAGACCGGAAGGAAAAUAAAAUUAGGAGAUUUCCUAAUGAGAUUAAUAUUUGUGGUUUCCUGGACACAGUUGAUGUAAGUAGUCCGGCAAGUAUUUCAAGGCACCUUGUUAUCCCUAUUGGCAAGGAUGGUGAGGGUGCACCAGAGGAUGAUGGGAAGGCACCAUCCUUUUGUGUCCUUCUUCAUGGUAGCCUCAAAGUUGAGAAGAUGGUGGCUAUUGUCCAGAUAGAUUCUGACUGGUUUGGAUUCCUCCAUUCCUGGGCAGACAGCAAAAAGAAAUCCAACCUGGUACUCGCAACCUUUGCCCCAGGAGCUCAUAUCUCCUGGCUUGGAGAUUUCAAACAGCUGGGCCCUUCAUCUGAACUCAACCCAUGUCCAUACAGGGAGAGUGAGGAUGGCGAGAAGGAGGAGCGGCCUUUCCCAUGUGCCCCAUCACAGCGGCGAAGCUACAACUCACAGGCCAACGUAGCCUGGAUCAAACCAAGUGGGCUACAGUCUGAUGUCCAAAAGGUCUUGCGCUAUGCCAAAAGACUUCCUGAUAAGCAGGGGCAGUUCUUCAAGGAACUUAACCGAAUCCGCCGUGCUGCACUGUUUUUCUGUUUCCUGGAACUCCUGGAUUCCCUGGCCAUGAUGUUAGAGAAGGAGAGUGGAAAGGUCAAGCCAGAGGCAGCCAUACAGCUACAGCACGCUGCAUCGUGCUUACGCUCUGCACCAUACCACCAGCUGGACAACUCAAUAACUCCAACACUUGAAUAAGCAGUUCAUCUUCUACUACGUUUGCAACACUGAAGAACCAUGCAUUGAGGAGUGCUCUUUCUGCAACAUUGGUUGAAUGCAAUGCAUUAUAUUGCCAACAUCUACAACAUUGGUGUAUGGUACUGUAUUCAUUAAAUCUCCAACAACUGCAAUACUUUAUUACUGCAUGUUACACUGGCUAACAUCUGCUAAACUAUGUGUGUUAUAUCAUCAGCAUCUGCAACAAUGGACUACUUAACUUUGUUUUAUUGCUAACAUUUGGGUUCUGUGUGCAUACUCCUAUCAAGUUGUGCUUUCAAUAGCUUCGGCUCUAUCUAUUUUUGGUAUAUUGGGAGGUGUAUAUUAUUAAUGAAAGGGUGUAAAGUUAAUACAACUUUUUAUUGACUGUGCAUUAGUGAUGUUUUAUAUGUUGGAUGCAUUGUAUUGGGCCUGCAGAAUAGAUAGUGGAUUGCCAAUGCUGUAGGAGAAAAUUGUGUAUAAAUGCCCAGAAUAGAAAAUUGUCAAACA